GUCGACGGCAUUAUGGGCGGCGUCAUGCCUUCGUUGCCUGCCGUUCCCGAUGUCGCCAACAUUCUUCCCGCGGUACCUGGUAUACCUGCUGUUGGCAGCAUCGUACCCGGGCUUGGUGGUGCGGCUCCUGCGUUGCCCAUCAACCCGAAAAUCAUCUUCCAGAUAUCCUUGCGAUCAUUCAGCCGCUGCUCAAGCUUGCUACUGGUAUUCUCACCGCAUUGCCUGUACCUGCAUUUGUAAGCAGCAUCGUUUCGACGUUGCCGGUGAACAACGUUCUUGCU